AUAUCAUGGCUCUCCCCUACUCAUCCAGAAGGUCUCCAGUCAUAUGCAGGAGUGGCUGUGUGGCUUGCAGUCAGCCUCUAGCGGCGGAGGUCGGUCUGCAGGUGCUCAAGAGUGGAGGGAAUGCUGCAGACGCUGCAGUGGCUGUAGCAGCUGCUCUAAACGUCACAGAGCCUUGCAGCACUGGUAUUGGAGGAGACUGCUUCUGUUUAUUCUACAAUGCACACACUAAAACAGUGCAGGGACUCAAUGGAAGUGGUCGCUGCCCCCAGGCUCUCUCCUUGGAGCGGCUCUCCUCAGAGGGGUUUUCCCUGGGACACCCACUUCCACCCAGACACGCCCACACUGUGACAGUACCAGGAGCUGCAGCUGGAUGGGUGGACACGGUGGAGCGAUUUGGAUCUGGAAAGCUCUCCCUCUCUGAGUUACUCCAACCAGCCAUUGCCCUGGCCGAGGAUGGAUUUCCUGUUGCCCCAGUUACAGCUCACUUCUGGUCGAAUGGGUCACCUGACCUGCUGAAACCAUCUAACCGCCAUGGAGGGGACAUGUUGUUGAAUGGCCACGCCCCCAAAGCUGGCGAUAUCAUGAAGAUGCCCCAUCUAGCAAACACAUUCAGAUCUCUUGCCUCCCAUGGUAAGGCGGGAUUCUACGAGGGACAAGUUGCCGAGGCGAUAGUAGCGUGUUUGAAGGAGAACGGAGGGGCCAUGACUUUGGACGACCUUCGAACUCAUCGGAGUACAUUUGACGAGCCAAUCAGAACGCGUUACCGGGACAUUGAUGUAUGGGAGAUCCCCCCUAACGGCCAAGGCAUCACUGCCCUCGUUGCACUAAACAUUCUGGAGGGGUUUGAUUUCAAAGAUACCCCCCACAACAGCGUGGAGUACCUCCACAAACUCAUCGAGGCCAUGCAGCUGAGCUUUGCCGACAGCUGGUGGUUCACGGCUGACCCGACUAAAGUCAGUGUACCAGUGGAAGGUCUUCUAUCUAAAGACUACGCCUCAACCAGGAGACAGCUGAUGUCCACUGACAAGUGCCUCCCUGCGUACGAGAGAGGGCAGCCAUUCACCUCCAGUGACACAGUGUACUUUACCGUUGUGGACGCCCAUGGCAACGCAUGCUCCUUCAUAAACAGCAACUACAUGGGCUUUGGCAGUGCGCUCGUCCCAGAGAGGUGUGGCUUCACCUUGCAGAACCGUGGUGCCAACUUCUCGCUAGACCCCACCCACCCCAAUGCCUUGGCCCCCGGCAAACGGUCUUAUCACACCAUUAUACCCGGUAUGGCAACGAGGGCAGACACCGGACAGUUGUUCUCCAGCUUUGGCGUCAUGGGAGGUUUCAUGCAACCACAGGGCCACGUGCAGGUGUUGCUGAAUAUGCUUGAGUACGGAAUGAACCCCCAGGAAGCAUUGGAUGUACCUCGUUUCUGUAUCAUACCUCCUCCAAAGAAUGUACCCGGUGUCGAGCAACAGAAGGGAGGGUGUGUCGCAUUGGAGGAAGGAAUUGACGACAAGACGAUAGCCGGCCUGAAAGCCCUAGGGCACAAUGUGGAGGGCCCCGUCGUUGGUCACAAGCGAUCAUUGUUUGGACGAGGACAGAUUGUAACAUUGUUGCACCCGUCUGAGAGGAGUUGUGAGGGUGUGGAGCAAGUGUGGUGGGCGGGGAGCGAUGGACGAGCUGACGGUCUAGCUAUAGGUUAUUAAACUGCACGUAUAUAUGCUUUUAUGUUGUCACUAUUUUUGUACAAAGUGAACAUGCAAUGACUGUAUGUUAAAUUA